AUGUGUGGACCUUACAGGGGUAUCCCCUCUCGACUUGACCGCCGUCGUGACAAUCGUAUUGACGACAUUCAAACCCCUACCCCAAAUCAAUCUCCGGCGACCACCUGCCGUUUCCGCCGUGCGCUAUCUUUCAAUCUGAUUACCUACCGAACACGAAGAUUUCGGUUAGUGGUUCUACUGAUGAGGAGCGAUGUGAAACAGUCCGCUUCCAUCUUCAAACGCAACGUUCGUCAGAUUCGCCACUGGCUCGAAGAAGAAUCUGCAUCCGCCGCUAAGGAAAUAGAGAAAGCAAAACCAAAGGAGCUGCCAAAGAAAGAUAUUCCCAAGGAUGAUUAAGCUGAUGAUGGCUAGGGUUAGAAAAAAAAACAGAGUCCCUGCAAAGAGUUUUAAACAUGUUCACUUACAUGUAAAAAUCCGUAUUUUGGCUUGUUGUUUUUUUUGGUAAUAAGAAUUUUAAACAUACAAGAGUUUCUCUUAUACAAAGGUU